AUGACGCAGCUUUUCGCUUCCGGUGCUUCGUCCACCGUGUCCAACGAGAAGCGCGGGAACUUCCCCAGCUUAUCUCUACCCAAGAGCAAGCAUUCCAACGAUCCGAGUCAUUUCCCUACCAAGAUCAAGAACUUCUUCCGCAUCAACACUUCUAGUGGCAAUUCGUCGCCGUCCGCCCAGAGCUCGACCCACGAUCGCGACCAUCUCUCCCCCGCCGUCAAGCCCGAAUCCAAAUCUACUUUUAGGCAAUCGCGCUUCCUACCCAUCAUUGGUCGCAAUCGCUCCACCACUGUCGCCAGUGAGGGCAACCCUCUUGACGAAGGUGUUUCUCCUACGGCUACUGCGAACCCAUACUUCGUCCACCAAGGGCAGCCGUCCUUGCAACAUCGCAACGAAGGAUCUGUUCCUUCGUCGCCUCCGGAUACCCCCGAAUUGCAAGUAGAUGGUGUGUCUGCUGAAGAACAAGCAACGACAACAAACAAGGUGGAAUUGGCCCGCAAACUUCGUCGCGUGGCCUCGGCCCCUAAUGCACAAGGCCUUUUCGUUAGCGGCCAGGCCGACAACCGUCCGCAGACGGCCGAGCACGACAAGGAACCAGUGCCCGAGCUAUCUGGUAGUGCUGUGGAUUCGCAGGUUAGCUUGACAGAUGUUUCCGGGGCCCAUGACUCGAGUCUCUCUGUGCCUGACCUUGGACCGGAUGGCAAGGUUCCGAGUCCCGGUCAGAUUCGCAAUUCGGUCGCCUUCCGUCGCACAUACAGCUCAAACUCGAUUAAGAUCCGCAACGUGGAAGUUGGCCCUAGCAGCUUUGACAAGGUCAAGCUCAUCGGCAAGGGUGAUGUGGGCAAGGUUUAUCUGGUUCGUGAGAAAAAGACCAGUCGUCUGUAUGCCAUGAAGGUUUUGAGCAAGAAGGAAAUGAUCAAACGUAACAAGAUCAAGCGCGCACUUGCCGAACAGGAAAUUCUUGCGACUAGCAACCACCCAUUCAUCGUUACACUCUACCAUUCGUUCCAGUCUGAGGACUAUCUCUACCUGUGUAUGGAGUAUUGCAGCGGCGGUGAAUUCUUCAGAGCCCUACAGACCCGUCCUGGGAAGUGCAUCUCCGAAGAUGCAGCGCGGUUCUAUGCAGCAGAGGUGACUGCCGCUUUGGAGUACCUCCACCUCAUGGGUUUCAUCUACCGUGAUUUGAAGCCAGAGAACAUCCUUCUCCACCAAUCUGGUCACAUCAUGCUUUCGGACUUUGACUUGUCGAAACAAUCCGGUCCUGGUGGCGCACCGACAAUGAUUCCCGGUCGAAAUGGUAAUUCGAUAACCUCGUUACCCACCAUCGACACCAAGUCUUGCAUAGCGGAUUUCCGAACGAACUCGUUUGUUGGUACGGAAGAGUACAUUGCCCCCGAGGUUAUCAAGGGCUGUGGCCACACCAGCGCCGUUGACUGGUGGACUCUGGGCAUCUUGAUCUUUGAGAUGCUGUACGGGACGACGCCGUUUAAGGGAAAGAAUCGCAAUGCUACUUUUGCGAACAUUUUGCGGGAUGAGGUUCAAUUUCCUGAGCAUGCAGGGGCACAGCAGAUCUCCAACCUCUGCAAGUCAAUAAUCCGUAAAUUGUUGAUCAAGGACGAGACGAAACGUCUUGGGGCUCGAGCCGGGGCUUCGGAUGUCAAGACCCAUCCGUUCUUCCGUCAGACGCAAUGGGCUCUUAUUCGCCAUAUGAAGCCGCCCAUGGUCCCCAACCAAGGUCGUGGUGUCGACACCGUCAACUUCCGCAAUGUCAAGGAAAGUGGCAGUGUGGAUAUCGGUGGCCCCAGUGCACCCUCGAAGAUGAAGGGGGUCCCGAUGGAUUCGGGACUGGCCACGCCCAACGGGGAAGUUGCCGACCCAUUUGAAGAGUUCAAUAGCGUGACCCUCCAUCACGAUGGGGAUGUCUGA